AUGGACCUGCGAAACCUCCUCCUGGUCACUGCGAUCCUCCUCCCACUGGAAAUCGCUGCAGUAGACAUCCCCAUCACCGACAGCUGGUUUGGAGGUUUCCAGGCUGGAGCCUGUGUGGCUAUUACCACAUCACUAAACGGCUGGACUGCAUCGCUGAAAUUCUCAGACGACGUCCAUUCAGUAGAAAUUUGGGUCGCCAAAGUAACCAAAGUUAGCAGUCGGGAAUAUCGUCUGCAGAAUGAAGCCUUCAACCCGAUCCUCAAUGUUGGUGAUCAGUUCUGCUUCUCCUUCGUGGGUCGUGUCACGGGAAAUGUGACGCCGAAGAUCACGUUUAGCUUUAACGGGGUCGGCGAUUCCGGAAGUGUUGCAAGUACCCCAAGUAGUAGUAGCAGUAGUACGACUCGUAGUAGCAGUAGUAGUACUACUCGUAGUAGCAGUUCCACGGCGGCUCCAUCUACAGGUGGGAGUACAGCAAACAAAGACUACAUGGACGCCUUGGCCAAAUCUAUCCUCUUCUACUACGCUCAGAGAUCUGGGAAACUUCCCGCCAACAACCCGAUCCCUUGGAGAGGAGACUCCGCUCUCAGUGACUGCGUCCCUGGAGGAUGGUAUGAUGCCGGUGACCAUGUCAAAUUCGGCCUCCCUAUGGCCUCUACAACGACUCUGCUCCUUUGGUCACUUUACGCUUUCAAAGAUGGCUACUCCGCAGCGCAGCAGUUGGACGCCAUGUAUGACGUUAUAAAAUGGCCGCUUGACUACUUCCUCAAGGCAUGGAACUCUAACACUAAACGACUGACCGUGCAGGUUGGAGAUGGCAAUGCUGACCACAGCUUCUGGGGCAGACCAGAGCAAAUGACAAUGUCACGGCCGUGUCAAGAGGUCAGCACGUCGUCUCCGGGCAGCGACGUGGCCGCGGAGACAGCAGCGGCCUUGGCUCUUGGAGCAAUCACGUUCAAAGACAAGGACACCACCUACGCGGCUCAACUUCUCACAGCAGCCGAGAGUUUGUACGCCUUUGCCAAGACCAGUAGGGGUGUGUUUUCCGGAGCCAGCCCGUUUUACGUCUCUAGCGGGGACAAGGACGAGCUGUGUGUGGCUGGAGUGUGGUUGUACAGGGCUACUCGCAACGCUCAGUAUCUUAACGAUGCCAGAAGCUUCUCUGAUGGUGCCUACAUCUGGGCCUUAAGCUGGGAUGAUAAGAGGGCUGCCUGCCAGGAGCUCCUGUAUGAAGAAACCAAAACUAGCAGCUACAGAGACGCCGUCACUGGUUUCUUGCAGACUUGGUUGCCAGGAGGCAGUGUUGCCUACACUCCUUGUGGGCUCGCAUGGAGGGAUCAGUGGGGCACCACCAGAUACGCAGCAAAUGUGGCUUUCCUAGCUCUGGUUGCUGCAGAAGCUGGGCUCAAUACCGCCCAGUACCGGAAGUGGGGUGUUGAGCAGAUCAACUACAUCCUUGGAGACAACAAGCAUAAUGGCGGCUGUUUCAGUUUUGAGAUUGGACACGGGAAGCAGUAUCCACAGCAACCACACCACAGGGGCGCUUCCUGUCCUAACUUGCCCGCAACUUGCGGAGACGCCCAGUUGAACGCCGACGCCCCGAGUCCACAGAUCUUGUAUGGAGCUCUAGUUGGCGGACCAGACAGACAGGAUUUCUACCAAGACAAGCGAACAGACUACAUCCAGAACGAGGUCGCCACAGAUUACAAUUCCGGCUUCCAGGGCGCCCUGGCCGCCAUCAACCAUCUUGUGGCUACCAACAAUUUCCCACAGACAAACAACAAAUGUCCGUGCAAUCCGUAA